ACCGCCGCCGCAGCCAGCCCCGCGCCCUCUCCACCCAGAGCAACAGCUCGGACGUCCGGAAUCCCGGCUCUGGCCCUAGGUCUGAAGAGACAUUCCAGAGUAUCCUAGAGAGCAGUGGGUGAAGGCUUUCGUCACUCGCAGUGGUAUCAUGUAGGUGUCUGUCCCACGCGUCGUCCUUGAGCCUAGCCGCAAGUUCGCACCCAGGGCCAGCCCAGCCUCACUAUGAGCCAAGGCCCGAGCCCCCGGCUGGCUGAGUCCCCGCAGCUGUCCAAGAGCAGCCUGCUUACCAUCCUGGGCAGCCCGUCCCCCGAGCGUAUGGGCCCGGCCGACUCGCUGCCACCCACGCCGCCUAGCGGCACUCCAUCACCCGGACCACCACCCACACUACCCUUGACUGCGCCCGCUCUGCUGGCCGACGGCGACUGGGAGAGCCGCGAGGAGCUGCGGCUGCGGGAGCUGGAGGAGGCGCGCGCGCGAGCCUUGCAGAUGGAGAAAACAAUGCGCUGGUGGUCGGACUGCACGGCGAACUGGCGCGAGAAGUGGAGCAAGGUGCGCGCUGAGCGCAACCGUGCGCGGGAAGAGGUUCGCCAGCUGCGCCAGCGCCUGGACACGCUCACCAAGGAGUUGGCGGGCGCGCGCCGCGAGCGACAGGAGGCUCAGGGCGAAUGCGAGGCGCGCGGCCGCGAACUGGCCCGGCUGCGGGGAGCGCGCGGUGCUGUAGACAAGACACAUGAAGGCCCGGAGGCGGAACGCGAGCACGAGCCAGUGCGCGACAUCGGGGCGGAGAGGUCGCCUGGCAGCCAGGAGCUGGACCUGGUAGAGAGCCUGCUGAAGAGCAGACCAGAGGAGCCUGAAGGCUGCUGGGAUGCCUGCAGUGUGGCAGCUGGGGGCCCUCGGGUCAGCUCUGGACGCCAGGAUCGCAACCGCCUGCCCUGGGAGGACACAGCCGGCACAGAGGAGGAUGCCUCCAAGUUGACUGCCCUUCGGCUACGGCUAGAUGAAUCCCAGAAGGUUCUCCUCAAGGAGCGAGAGGAUAAGCUGGCUCUGAGCAAGAACAUCGAGAAGCUGGAGGGGGAGCUUAGCCAAUGGAAGAUCAAAUACGAGGAGUUGAGCAAAACCAAGCAGGAGAUGCUCAAGCAACUCAGCAUCCUAAAGGAGACGCACCAGGAUGAACUGGGCCGCAUGUCGGAAGACCUGGAAGAUGAGCUGGGUGCACGCUCUAGCAUGGAUCGCAAGAUGGCCGAACUGAGGGGUGAGAUGGAAAGGCUCCAGGCGGAGAAUGCAGCCGAGUGGGGCCGCAGAGAGCGGCUGGAGACGGAGAAGCUGGGCUUGGAACGGGAGAACAAGAAGCUGCGUGCGCAGGUUGGAGACCUGGAGGAGGCCCUGGCCCGCAGACGACGACAGAACGCCAGUGCCCUGGACUGUGACCUGAGGGCCAGCCAGGCCGCCCUUUUCGAGAAGAACAAGGAGCUGGCAGACCUGAAGCACGUGCACAGCAAGCUCAAGAAGCAGUUCCAGGAGAAGGUGGCCGAGCUGGCACACGCCAAUCGGCGCGUGGAGCAGCACGAGACGGAGGUAAAGAAGCUGCGGCUGCGGGUGGAAGAGCUCAAGAAAGAACUGGCCCAGGCCGAGGAUGAGCUGGACGAGGCCCACAACCAGGCACGGAAGCUGCAACGGUCGCUGGACGAGCAGACAGAGCAGAGCGAGAACCUACAGGUGCAGCUGGAACAUCUGCAGUCCAGGCUCCGCAGGCAGCAGCAAAAUGCCCCCCUUUUCGGGAAGAUUCGGAGUACCCGGUUUGGCACCGAGGAAGCCGGAGAUGGAGCGAGCGACCUCGAUGAGGACGAGGACCUGCAAAUCCAGGUGGCCUAGGACAUCCAGGGCGGAACAGGACUGGCCCACAGAUGCCCAGCUGAGCAUCCACUCAAACCAGACGGCCUUCUUCACUGUCUGUACUUGCUUGGGUUCCAUCCCCCCCACACCCCGCUUUGAACCACUUCCUCCUCUCCCAGGAGGGCAGCGGUUUCACCCACUCAUGCCCCAGUGAAGGGGGAGCCUGUCGGAUAUGUAUAUUUUAUAUAUGCCCAGGGUUGCUUGAACCCAUCCAAACAACCCAGCACCCAGAUCUUAAGACCCCACCUGCAUAGGACUUCAUGCAGAGAUGGGACCAUGGUGAGGGAGGCUUGGUGGUCUGGAAGGGGCUGUUCAUAUUAAGACACUAUGAACUCAGACUUUUGUAAUAAAUGGACUUCAAUCUCUCA